AUGAGGACGUGGUGCUCCCACGUAAAAAGAGCCCCCCACCAGGCAAAAGCUGUGCGGAAUUGGAAGAGGGCAAAAGCACUACCUGAUUCAUCCAACUCCGAUUCGGACUCAGAGGAGGUCUCAGAUGGGUCCAAUGCCAUCGACCCGGUUGACCCAGACAAUUCGUCCCCUGAAUGCAGCGAGACUGCAACCCCAGCGAUAGACGCUGACCAAGAGGAGGACAAAUCCGCAAUUUUGGAUCCCCAGGGGGAACCUCUCUUUGAUCCCGACACCUUGCACAUCCCGCGCUCGGCGGAAUGGUACCCCAUAACUCACGUGGCAGUUUCAGAUUAA